CACACUCCCGCAUGUCCACUGAAAGUCCAAUUAUUGUUAAUGGCGGGUAUUUGUAUGUGUAUAUAUAUUUAAGUUAUUGUUUGCUAACUGUUUACAGUAAUAUAAAACGUGGGGACUUAAAAUAACUGUCGCUGUUUGUUUCUUCGUGGAUGAACAAAGCGGAAGGAGCUGAAUUGGGAGGACUGAGGAACAUUGUAACGUUAGCUUAACUGUUAUCGUCAUGUGCCUCCUGUCCGUUGUCAAUUGACACAAACUGAAACUGAGCAGGAAGCCAACAGCGUGUGUUUGAAAUAGCUACAGUAGCGAUGUUAGCUGUCUCAGAGCCACAAACCCACUCCUACUGCACUAACAUCGUACUUAAUAUGACGGAGGAAGAAGUUUAGCUAGUAGAUAAACUCAGCGUUCAUUCAUUCAUUCGACCGUUACAAUCGCUGCCAAAUAAAUCUCCGCUUAUCUCAUGAAACGGAAAUGAUUUCGCUAAAACUAUCGGCGUUGUCGGCUUUGCUGUUAUUAAUAAUAACCGUUAUUCGAGUUAACGGUUCCUCGAAACUAAAUAUUCCCAAAGUGCUGCUACCGCUCGCCAGAAGUACAAGAAUUAACUUCACGUUGGAAACUACUGAAGGUUGCUACAGAUGGUCUUCCACCAGACCAGAGGUAGCCAGCAUCCAGGCUGUGGAUGAAGAGAGCGGCAGAGGCUGCUCCAGGAGAGCUGUUCUCCAGGCUCUCUCCACCCAUCCCUCCAGGCUGACUAGCAUCAUUCUGGCCGAAGAUGUUGUUACCGGACAUGUACUGCGGUGUGACGCCAUUGUCGACAUCAUCAGUGAUAUCCAGAUAGUGUCGACCACCAGAGAGCUGCACCUCGAGGACUCACCACUGGCACUCAAAAUCCAUGCACUGGACUCUGAAGGAAACACCUUCAGCACCCUUGCUGGUCUGGUGUUUGACUGGACCUUAGUGAAAGAUGUAGAUGUGAAUGGAUUCUCUGACUCUUACAAUUCAUUACGGGUACUUAAAUUCUCAGAGUCCACCUACACACCCCCUGGACACAUAUCUGAAAUGGAGCGUGUCGGGAAACAGGGCGAUAUUAUUUUGGUAUCUGGACAGAAAACAGGACACGCUAAAUUGAAGGCCAAAUUAGAAGAGUCAUUGUAUAAGGAUGUGGGCGCCGCAGAAGUCAGACUCUUGAUUUUAGAGAACAUCCUGCUGAGUCCUGCGUAUGACGUCUACCUGCUGGCGGGAACUUCCAUCCGAUACAAAGUCCUAAAGAUACGACAGGGCACGAUCACAGAGCUCUCGAUGCCUUGUGAUCAGUAUGAACUGCACGUUCAGAACAGUGUGAUUGGCACUGAUGGAAACCCAGACGUUGCUGUGGCCAGUCUGGAUCAAAGUAUCUCCACAGUUACAGCAAUUCAGCUUGGACACAUCAACGUGUUGCUGGAUCACAAGAGCCUUCGGAUGCAAGGAGUGUCUCGCCUGCCCAACAGCACUCUGUACGUGGUUGAACCAGGCUACCUAGGUUUCAAAAUUCAUCCAGGAGACAGCUGGGUUCUGGAGACAGGCAGAGUUUAUGAUGUCCUGAUCGAAGUCUUUGAUAAAUCCGGCAACAAAAUUCACGUGUCUGAUAAUGUCCGUAUUGACACUGGUUUCCCCUCCGAGUACCUGGAGCUCCUGGAGUCUUCUGUGAAUGGGUCGUAUCAUCGGGUCAAAGCGCUUAAAGAAGGCCUGACUCUGAUUGAUGCAACCCUCAAAGCUGUUGUGGAUGAAACUGGAAGGAUCCAUGCACUCGCCAACCCGGUGCACAAUGAACAGGAUGUAGAAAUCUACAACCCUAUAGUUCUUAGUCCCAGUAUUCUAACAUUUCCAUGGCAGCCCAAGGUUGGAGCUUAUCAGUACACAAUACAGGCGACAGGAGGAAGUGGAAAUUUCAGCUGGUCUUCCUCCAGCACAGCUGUGGCCACAGUGACCGUGAAAGGAGUGAUGACAACAGUGAGCGACAUCGGCGUCAGUGCCGUUUAUGCUCAUGAUCUACGCAACUCGCUUCACUUUGGCCAGAUGAAGGUGUAUGUGGUCGAGCCCGUCGCCAUGGACUUCGCUCCUUGCCCAGUCGAGGCCCGGGUGGGCCUGGUUCUGGACCUGCCCCUCAGGAUUUUCGGCCUCCUGGGGGAAGUGGAGAAGGAGCGGGUCAUGUUGAGCGACUGCUCCCAAUUCGCCCUGCAUGUUGAGGAGGAGAACCACGGCGUCUUCCAACUGCUACACGGGCGGCUGGCUCCCGGCCAGGAGCACUGCAGUGGGGUGAGAGCCAAGGCCCUGGCCCCUGGCUACACCGUACUCACUGUGAGCUACACCCACGGCAACGUUCAUCUCAGUGUCAAGAUCACCAUCGCUGCCUAUCUUCCUCUCAGAGCGAUCGACCCCGUGUCUGUGGCCGUGGUGACUCUGGGAUCUUCUAAAGACAUGCUGUUUGAGGGCGGGCCCCGGCCGUGGGUUUUAGAGCCCUCAAAGUUCUUCUGUCACUUGAGCGCCGAGGAUGAGGCCAGCGUGAGCCUGACUCCGACUGGUCCCUCAUCUCACAACUACAACCAGCACUGGGUCAGAGCGACCUGCAGGGCCCUGGGAGAGCAGGUGCUGGAGGUGAUGGUGGGAAACAAGGUCAGCGUGACCAACCCUUAUCCUGCCGUGGAGCCGGCGGUGGUGAAGUUUGUGUGCGCCCCUCCGUCUCGCCUCACCCUGGUCCCAGUUUAUUCCAGCCCACAGCUGGACCUGACCUGCCCGCUGCUGCAGCAGAACAAACAAGUGGUACCUGUUUCAAAUUACCGUAAUCCCAUUUUGGAUUUGGCUGCUUUUGAUCAACAAGGAAGAAAGUUCGACAACUUCAGCUCUCUGAGCAUUUUGUGGGAAUCGACCAUGGUGUCGCUGGCCAGUAUUGAACCCAAUUUACCCAUGGAGCUGCAGCUGUUCGAGGAUGACAACAAACAGAUGAAGCUUCACGGGCGACAGACGGUUCUUGUCCAUCAUCAAACAGGCAUUGCUGCCAUCACGGUGACAGCUCUGGGUUACCAGGUUUUACAUCUCGCAGCAGCCAAAGUACCCAGUCCAUAUGUCACCUUGACGCCUGUCUCAGCCACUCUGGAGCUCCUAUUGGUUGAAGAUGUGACUGUUUCUCCUGAAAUAGUUACCAUAUACAACCACCCAGAUGUGCGGGCGAACUUGGCCCUGCGAGAAGGAUCCGGGCACUUUUUUGUCAACACCAGUGUUAAAGGGAUAGCGAACGUGGUAUUCCAGGAGGCCCAACGAACAGCUCAGGUCUCUCCCGUACACCCAGGGGAGGUGACGGUGAUGGUUCAUGACCUUUGUCUGGCAUUUCCAGCACCUGCCAAAGCCACAGUGCACGUUUCUGACAUCCUGGAAGUUUACGUGAGAGUCGUUGACAAGGUGGAGAUUGGCAAAUCUGUGAAAGCUUAUGUCAGAGUCUUGGACGAUAAUAAGAAGCCCUUCCCAGCCAGCUAUUUCCGUUUCAUGAAUCUUAAACUCAAGGCAGCUUCUGCAAUCGUCUCUCUAAAAAUAUUAGUGGAGUCCACUGAAAUUGAUACAGCUGUUUUCGUGGUGAAAGGUGCUUCUAUUGGUCAGACCGCGCUAUCAGCUGUUGUAGUGGAUAAAAAUGGGAGAAAAAUUGCAUCUGCACCUCAGCAAAUUGAGGUAUUCCCACCGUUCAAACUCAUCCCAAGGAAAAUUACCCUGCUAAUUGGAGCAAUGCUGCAAAUCACAUCUGAGGGUGGCCCUCAGCCUCAGUCCAAUAUCCUUUUCUCUAUUUCCAAUGAGGACGUAGCUUCUGUUAAUGGCAUUGGCCAUGUCAGGGGUGCUACCAUUGGUAACGUCACUGUGACUGGACUGGUCCAGGCUGUUGAUGCCGAGACUGGGAAACUAGUCGUUGUGUCUCAGGAUCAAGUAGAAGUUGAGGUUGUGCGAUUGACGGCCAUUCGAAUCAGAGCACCUAUUACAAGAAUGAAGACAAGGGCACAGAUGCCCGUAUAUGUGAUGGGUCUGACUAAUAGUCAAACACCCUUCUCCUUUGGCAAUGCUGUGCCUGGCCUCACCUUCACCUGGUCCACCACCAAGAGAGACAUUCUGGAUGUCCAGCCAAGACACAUUGAGGCUAACGUGGAGCUGCAGUCAGAGCACAACUUUGGCAUGAGGGUGACUGGAAGAACGAGAGGGCGCACGGGGCUGAAGGUGGUGCUCAGAGUUACUGACCCCAAUGCUGGGCAGCUAGUGGGGGAUCUACAGGAGCUGAAGGAUGAGAUCCAGAUCCAGGUCUAUGACAAGCUACACAUGCUUAAUCCUGAAGUAGAGGCUGGGGAGUUACUGAUGGCUCCAAACUCAGCCCUCAAACUCCAAAGUAGCAGGGACGGUGUGGGGGCUCUCUCUUACCGGAUGCUGGAUUGCCCCGACCAGGUUGUCAUCGCUCAAGUGGAUGAUAAGGGCUUCCUCUUCUCUGGCUCUCUUACUGGCAUCUCCUCUCUGCUGAUCACCUCGCAAGAGUCCUUUGGUGUCAAUCAAACCGUCCUCCUUGCUUUGAAGGUGGUGCCUGUGUCCUAUGUGCGCUUCAGUACCAGUCCGGUGCUCUACACGCACACCAGGGAGAGCCUGAAAGCCUUGCCCCUGGGCACAGUGCUCACCUUCACUGUCCACUUUCAUGCCAGCACGGGAGAAGCCCUACACAGCUCCAACUCCCACCUCACGUUUUCCACAAACAGAGAUGACUUGGUGCAGGUGGGGGUGGGGCCCGGUAACCACACUCUGACAGUGAGGACGAUCAACGUGGGCCUCACUCUUCUUGCUGUGUGGGACAGUGAGAACGUGGGUGUGGCCGACUACGUUCCACUUCCUGUCGGGCACGCCAUUCACCCGGAUGAGGCCCACAGCCUGGUGGUGGGGGAUGUGGUCUGCUUCACUGCCCAGUUAACCAGCCCAGAUGGUGUUCAUGGGACUUGGAGCUCCUCGGCUAAUGGCGUUCUUCAGGUGGACUCUAAAAGUGGUGCAGCAGUAGCCAGAGACUCUGGGACAGUUACCGUGUACUACGAGAUACCUGGUGUUUUGAAGACGUACAGAGAGGUGGUCGUUGAAGCAGCGACACAGACGGCUGCUACGGCGCAGGCGACACCUGUGAGGAUCGGCAAGGAAACAAAAGUCCUGCUCUCGACCAGAGGGAGCGGAAGCAACCUCAUCGGAACCUGCUCCUCUGCCCAGACUGAAGCUCUCUCACAGCUGCAGCCAGAAACCUCUGUCAGCUGCCAUCUCAGCUUCACCAGUGAUGCGAUUGACUUCCCCGCUAAUGACGUCUUCAAAGCACACACCAGCUUUGACUCCAGCAUCGGCUCCUACACAUGCUCCAUAACCUUGCAGCCAAUGACGGACCAACAGACCCGUGUGCUCAGCAUGUCCAUGGCCAACCUGCUGGUGAGGGCCGGCCUGGAGGGCAGCGUCUUCUCCGGGGAACAAGACGGCGCCAGGCUGCCCAUAGAGCCGGGCCUCUACUCCGACCAGACGGAGCUGCUGCUCUCAAACCUGCACCCAUCAGCUGAACUCACCGUCUACGGCCCCGCUGCUGCCCUGUCCAACACGGAGGUGGUGUCUGCUUCUCCCAACAUUGCUGUCCAAGAGAGUGAAGUGCACCAAGGCUUCCCCAGUUUCUCAAAGUACACCAUCAGCGCCGUGGACCCUCAGGCAGCGGUCUCUACCUCCGUCUCCAUAAGCAGCACCUCGGGCGGCCUGCGUAUCGUCAUCCCAGUCUCUUUGAUCCAAGUGGCUGAUCCCAACGCUGCCAAGCUAGCAGCUGCUCCUCCAGUUGUUUUCACUGAGGGGGGCCACUCCCUGCACAGCUUCAUCAACUGCUACCAGAUGAUGUUCUUCACCCUGUUCGCUCUGCUGGCCGCUACAGCCAUCAUCAUCAUCGUCCUCCACACUGUGUUCAGCCCAAGGGAACAAACGUAUCACCCCGCCUUCAUGCAGAGGACGCCGCCCCCCGUCUCAGGUUUGGACUCUCCAGUAAUGAAUUCCUUCAACCGCACGAUACAACCGAACAGCAGCCCCAGGUCGCGUCUCUACUCUCCAGACUACAAGUCCUGAUAAAGCUCUGUUCUUCAGAAGCAGACCACCACAGGCCGUCAGUGCAUUUUGAAUGUGCCUCUGUCCCUCAGUGCGAAUGCUGAGGGAUGUGACUGCAAAGUCUCAGCUUCACUCAGUUGUGCUCACACGUUGGUACAGAUGCUUCAAAGGAACUUCAUUUUCAGAAUAGCGGAUCAGUUAAGAGCUGACAGAUGUUAACGGAGCUGUUUUCUCUUUGUGUGUAUAUUUUUGUGUGUGGAAACAUUUGUGUCUUUUUUUUGUGGUUUUCCAUAGAAAUGGCUUUUAUAUGAAACUGCUCUGUUUAUUAACUGACAUAUUUUGGAGAGCAAAAAACAAACCACUAGUUUGUGCUUUAAAUAAGGUUGCUUUGUGUGUUUGUUCACCCAUUACUUGUGUGCUACUUAAUAUAUUUAAUGCAAAAUCUGGUACCUCAGGAGGUCCAUGUACGACACAAAACUUUAAAUUGAAACUGUUUAUUUUUCCGAGAGGGAAACAUACUUUUGUUUUGUUGUAGCCGAUACAUUUUGUGACAUGAAAGCCGUCCACCUCGUAGAUGAAGAACCCUUCAAAUGUGCAUAACCCUAACUGAGAACAGGUUGGUUUAUUAUUGUUCCGGGCAUUUCUUUACGUAACAUUACUGUUUUAUUUUGAGCCAUAAUGCAUGCAGCUCCUGCUUGAUUCAUUACUGUGAACCAGCUGGGGAAUGUGAACCAUCAUUCAGCUUUUAUCCCAGCGUUGCUUCAGCGCAGAAGAAAUGUGACCCGGUGUCAUUUCUGAGAUGUGAUGUUUCUCUUCCACAUUUGUUUUUACCCGAACACAUUUCCGGGAGGAGAUUCGUGCAGCACUGUGCGACUGCAGAGAGAGUGUGAUAUUUUUGUAUUCAACAAGGAAUCGUAUUUAUGUUAGCUAGUGAAAUUCAGUUUUACUGUAAGACGAGUGUGUGUGAUGAUCAAAUGGUUUCAGUGCUGUUCUUUUUGUCAUGCUUUACAACCAUAUCUGAACAGCUUUCAGCACAUAAUGAAGAUGUGCAAGUUUGUUUGCUUGUGUGAUUAUGCUCUUGCCUUUUGCUAAUUAAAGUUUGUACUUAUCACGUUCA